AUGACCCCUCGCCUACGCCUGCCCCGCCCCGCCCCUCUCCUCGCAGCAUCCGCCCUCGCCCUCUGCCUCUACGCCGCCCACUCCCAGCUCAAGCCGAUCCACCUCGAAUCACUGCCCGUAGUCGACAAGCCGGCGGGCAGAAAAUCGAAAUCCGCGCCGACAGUCUUUCCGCUCUACACCCCGGUGGGAUGGGGGAGUAACCGCAAUCUCAUCCUCUCCCCCGACUCGGCACAGAAUCUCGUCAAGAAGCCUACGCCAUUACCGCACCUCGGCGCGACACCUUUGAGAGACUUGGCGAUCGCAGAAGAGUAUGCGGCGGCGGUGGAUGCGAAUGGGGAUUGUUGGCUCUGGGGGAAGGGGUAUGAUGAGUCUGGAAAGGUCGGGAAGGGGCUGAGAGGCAAGUCGUUGAGGACGCUUGCGCCCGCCCAAUCCAAAAUAUUUGCCUUGAGCAAACACGGCAACCUCUACCUCUUCUCCCCCUCGAAAGCUAUCCACUCCAAACGCCGCGACAAGCCCACACAAUCAUGGUCUUCAUACCUCUUUGGCGCCGACCCUACUGUGGACUUUGUGGAGCUCAAAGCAGAGGGAGGAAUGGCGUGGGGGGAAAGGUGGAAGGGGAUUGAUGUGGGGAAAGAUCAUUUAUUGGCGGUUACGAGCAAGGGGAGGACGUUCUCGCUGCCGCUUACUGAGAAUGGCAACUCGCAUCGACAGCUCGGUACGAAAGCAGAACUUUCGGUAUUCGACAAUACCGCCACCCGCACCCUCCCCCCCUCCAAAGACAUCCGAUACGCCUCCCUCCUCUCCCCCAUCCCUUCCCUCGCCAACAUCCCCAUCGCGCAAGUCGCCGCCGGCGAACGCACUUCCUUCGUCAGAACGCUGUCCAACCACGUCCUCGCUUUUGGCGCCAACGAAGCAGGGCAGAUCGGCCUGGGCUCGAGUUAUACCGUCGAAGUCGUGCCUGUCCCCGUGGAGGUCGUCCUCAGCAAAUGUUAUCCUACGGGCACGACGGUAGAGUGCCAAGAUAUCAAAGCCGGCGGCAACACCACCUUCUACACCGUGCAGCGAUCUUUCCCCGGCCGUCGGGGGACCUUUAUCGACGUCCUCUCUUGCGGCAGCGGGCUACAAGGCGCGCUGGGGACGGGGGCGUAUACGAGCGCGACGGGUUUGCCGGUCAAGGUCAAGACGAUCAGUGGGCUGCAAGAGUAUUCGGAGAAGGCGAGGACGUUUUUGCCGAUUGGGAUUUAUGAUUUGGCAGUAUCGAAGAGUCCGGCGGGGACGCAUGCUUUUGCGGUGUUGGAUACGGUGAGGGAGGGAGGGGGGAGAGAGUAUGGGAGGGAUUUGGUAGGGUGGGGCGCGAAUAUUGACUAUCAAAUCGGUAUCAGUAAGCGAUCGAGUACGCCUUCGCCCAUACACCUUCCUCGGCUUGGUACGAAGCUUCCGGAGAGUAUUAUCGAUCCUACGGACUUGGAGUUUGUGGCUACGCCGCAAAUCCCCCUCCCCCAAGACCGUCUUCAACUCCAACAAUCCCGUACCAAAGCCUAUGAUCUGGAAGGAAAGUUGUUGAAGAGGGGGGUGAGGUGCGAGCAGAGGGUGGCGGUGGGGUGGGGGAAUACGAUUCUUUAUGAGAGGAUUGUGGAGUAG